AUGGCUGAGAGCACACUGACUCAAAAGAGUGAUCAUCUAAGUCGAAGAUGGUCUCUUAAAGGAAUGAUUGCUCUUGUCACUGGUGCAACUAAUGGGAUCGGGUAUGCUAUAGUGGAGGAGCUAGCUGGACUUGUGGCGACUAUUCAUGUAUGCUCUCGGAGCGAAGAUAAUGUCAAGCGAUGCUUAAAAGACUGGGAAAAAAAAGGUUACGUAGUCACGGGUUCGGUAUGUGAUGCUUCGGUUCCAGCAGAACGACAAAACUUAAUGAAAAAUGUUUCAUCUGUUUUUGGUGGCAAGCUCAACAUCCUGGUUAAUGUUGGGUAA